AUGCCGGGCACCACGAAGCCCUCGAAGCCCGCGACACCCGCGAAGCCCGCGACGCCGCAGGGUCGCAAGUACACCCAGACGAAGCUGGGCUGGGGAUCCGGUACCAAGGACGGCAAGGGCGCAGGCGCGAAGAAGAAACCGCAGCAACUGCCGAACGGGAACAUCGCCAACUACUUCUUGAAGCCUGAGGAGAAGCUGUUUUUGGACGACCCCUCGGCACCGGCGACAGCCCCUCCGAAGGGCGACUUCGGCGACGACAAGGAUGAUGAGGACAUAUAUGGGCUCGAGGACGACGUGAAAGGGACGGCGAGUGCAGACGGUCCAAGUGCUUUAAAGCGGAGAAAACUAAGCCAUAACGGUAGCAAUGGAUUCACAUCUCUUGUCGAGGGCAAAGACCCGGACCCGGUCAAGAAAGAGCCGGAAAAGGGGUCUGCGACUGAGACCGAGACACAGCUUCCGAAACGGAAACGGCCGGUUCGACGUCGGACCGGACCCUUCUUGGCCGACUCGGACAGCGAGGACGAAAUGAAGAAAGAAGCGCCUACAAUGCCAAUGUCCAAUGGCUCGACUCCUUCAUUCCCGGCCCUCGAUCAUAUCCCGAGCUUUGCGACGCCCCUGGCGCCGAAGCCGGCAAUUGACGAAAGCGGUACAGAUGCGCCGACGGACGCAGCAGUGCUCAAGCAGGAGACCUUCUUUUAUGACGAGUUCCCCGACCUCGAGAACAUCGAAGGGUUGUUCGACGAUGACGAAUUUGCCGACGGCGAAGAGGUUCGCGCGAAACGCUACAUGGAAGAGCAGGCGAAGCUGGAAGCGGAAGCGGAAGCCGAGGAUGCAGGAGGCUACACGUCAGACUGCAUAGCGGAACUGCCGCCGAAAGACGACGAGGGCACGACGGCCACUUGCCCGUUGUGCAGUGCAAGUCUGUCCGGAAUCACUCCGGAAGAGGCCACGGUCCACGUCAACGCUUGUCUGGACGGAAACCCGAUACCUCUCCCGGCCGCGUCUAAGCCGGCUCCGGCAAACGAGAACACCGUGGACGCCCCUGAGAUGGGCAAACGAUUUGCCAAAACCGCCGUACCGAGACCCGGCCAGGCGAACCCCAUCAGCCUCGGAGGCACGACGGCUGAUAAACCGACUUCGGCGUUCAGCAAGCUCAUGUCCGGCAAUUCUGAAGAUGUGGCUUUCGCAAACGCGGCCGCGGCGCAGCAGGCGGCCAGGGGCAGGCCUGCCUACGAGCGGACAUGUCCGUUCUACAAGAUCAUGCCUGGCCUGUCUAUCUGCGUCGAUGCCUUCCGAUACGGCGCCGUUCAGGGCUGCAAGGCCUACUUUCUCAGCCACUUCCACAGCGACCACUACAUCGGCCUGAGUGCGAGUUGGAAGCAUGGACCUAUAUACUGCAGCAAGGUGACGGGCAGUCUCGUCAAGAACCAGCUCAAGACGGCGGCAAAGUUCGUAGUAGAGCUCGAGUUCGAGGAGACGGUCGAGGUACCGGGCACUGAGGGGGUCAUGGUGACCAUGAUUCCGGCGAAUCACUGCCCUGGCAGUUCACUAUUCCUCUUUGAAAAGUCGAGUGAGAAGGGACCGAACCCCAGAACGCAACGGAUCCUGCAUUGUGGCGACUUCCGCGCUUGCCCCGCGCACGUCACUCAUCCACUACUGAAGCCCGACACCAUCGACGCGAUAUCCGGCAAGGUCAAGCACCAGAAGAUCGACAUCUGCUACCUGGACACCACAUACCUCAACCCUCGCUACGCCUUCCCACCCCAGGACGAUGUCAUCAGAGCCUGUGCCGACUUCUGUAAGUCUCUCUCGGGCGAUCCCAGCGUGGCGGACGAGGCCUUCGACGCGCUGCGGCGCGAGAGGGGCACCACCACCGUCAGCAAGUUCUUCCCGAAGGAUGGCGACACAAAGCCCACCAACGGCAGCAGCAUUAGCACCAGCAAGCCCGAACCGAAGAAGAACCGCCUCCUCGUCGUCUGCGGCACAUACUCGAUCGGCAAGGAGCGCGUCUGCAAGGCCAUCGCGCAGGCGCUGGGCAGCAAGAUCUACGCGAACCCGCACAAGAUGCGGCUCUGCGCGCAGCUCGACGACCCGGAGCUGGCGGCGCUCAUGACGCCCCACGCACACGAGGCGCAGGUGCACAUGCAGGCACUCCAAGAGAUCCGUGCCGAGACGCUGCAGGCCUACCUCGAGACCUACAAGAAGCACGGCUUCACGCGCAUCGUCGGCUUCCGGCCCUCGGGGUGGAGCUUCAGCGCGCAGGGCAGCAAGAGCAACGCAACAAUAUCGGCCACGACGGCGCCCAGCUCGGUGCCGACGACGGCGAUCCUGCACGGCCCCGCAUGGCGCCCGCGGUUUGGGAGUGGUGAUUUUCUCGCGCAGCCGGGGAGCACGCGUGAGGCCAUGUGCUUUGGUGUGCCCUACUCGGAGCACAGCAGCUUCCGCGAGCUGGCGCUGUUCCUGAUGGCGCUGCGCGUCGAGCGCGUCGUGCCUACCGUUAAUGUCGCCAAGGAGGCGACGCGCGCGCGCAUGAAGGGCUGGACGGACCGCUGGCUGGCGGAGCGGAGGAAGGGUGGGGUUGUUAGGGUGCUUGAGGAUGGCGGUGGUGAGGGUGCUGGUGGAGGUGGAGGUGGCGACGAGAAGACGACGAAGAAGAUGAUGAAGGGAGAGGGAGAGCCGGCCCUUUGGGAUGGCAAGGAUGGGCAGGGCGGCGGGGUUGUUUGGUAA